AUGGACAGUGUUCAGAAAUACCGUUUAGCCGACACCCUUAAUCAUCUCACCUAUCCUGAACGACUCCUUGUCCUUGAAUUUUGCCUAUUAGACAACCGCUCUAAUCGACAGCGUGUCAGCCAUCAUCUUGAAACUUUACGUGAGCGCCGAUGGCCUACCGAGCGUUUAGAACUCGAAAUGUUCCAAGAAUGGUUGAUGCAGCUCGAAGAAUCACAACAUGAAUUACGGCAAAUCAAAGAAUGCCAUAUCAUGAUGAUGGAACCAGAAAGACCUUCGAGCGAGCAGAGUGGCAGGACGACUCGGGACGUAGGCAUAUGGCCCGCGUUUCUACGCAACUUUGGCAUCAACGUUUGA